GCUUAAUCAGAGCUCCAAAAUUAAGCCACUAAUCUCUCCCAAAUACCCCCCAAAAAUUAUUGAUUUUAGCUUCCCCAUUCCUCAGCAGCAGGUCAGGCCACCAGUGAAGGGACUAGGGAGUAGUCAGUCCACCACCACCAAACACGCAGCUCUCUCUAGUCCUCUCUUCUUCCACUCCGCUCUCCCCCCGUCGCACGCGGCACGCACGAGCGCUCGUCGGAUUCGGCUGGGCGCCGGCGAGAUCCGGGCCGCUGCAGCACGGUCCGGCGGACGCCGCCGCCGCCGCCGCAAGCGGCGAUCUUGUCGCCGCGGGAGCUGCAUUGGCGCCCCACGCGGCCGUUCCAGCGUUUCUUGGGAGGUUGCGGCGGGGGGAGGAGCUCGUGUCUGGGAUCCGCCAGAUCCGAGCUCGCCAGCGGCGGCGGCAGUGGCGGGGGACGCCAUGGAGGCCGACGCGCCGCUCGACUUCGCACUCUUCCAGCUUUCCCCUCGGCGUCAGCGGUGCGAGCUGGUGGUGUCCGGCAAUGGGCGGACGGAGAAGAUCGCGUCGGGGUCGGUGAAGCCGUUCGUGGCGCACCUGCGGGCUGCGGAGGAGCAGGCGUCGGCGCAGCCACCGCCGCCGGCCAUCCGGCUGCAGCUGGAGCGGCGCGCCCCAUGGUUCAGCAAGGGCACCCUCGAGAGGUUCGUGCGCUUCGUGAGCACGCCAGAGGUGCUGGAGUUGGCGAAUACCUAUGAUUUGGAGAUGUCGCAGCUUGAAGGGGCCAGGAAGAUUUAUGCGCAGGGAGGUACUGGAGAUGCUACCUCGGGUGCAGCUGCCGAAAAUGUUACAACCUCAGCAGCAGCAGCAGCAGCAGCAGAUAAUACAAAGAAAGAACUACUUAGAGCGAUUGAUGUGCGUCUAAGUGCCCUUAAACAAGAUUUGGCCGCAGCUUGUUCCCGAGCAUCAUCUGCUGGGUUCAACCCUAACAGUGUAUCUGAGCUUCUUCUUUUUGCAAACCAUUUUGGUGCCAACCGGCUAAGCGAAGCAUGCACCAAAUUCAUGUCACUUUGUCAGCGGCAUCCCGACAUCAGUCCUCAGAAUGCACCGCCAGCAGUUUCAUCACACUGGAAGGGCUUUGAUGAUGGGAAUGUCCGUGGUUCUUCCAGUUCAGACAUGUCUAUAGAUGAGCCACAAGUUGAUCUUGGCGAAUCCAACAACAAAUCUACAGUUGGCGGAAGUGACUCUCAGAUCCACAGACUAAGCAACAGCCAAGGUUCAGUACAUGUUUCAUCUGAACCAGUUGCAGAACAGCAAACCAAGUCAACCAUCCAACAGGCAGCAGAUAAACAAGAAACAGAAACAGACGCGUCUCCUGCAACUGCUAUAGGUGUUUCAAGGCGGCUGAGUGUGAAGGACAGGAUAAGCAUGUUUGAGAGCCAGAAAAAGGAGCAGACUCCAAGUUCUGGUAACAGCACCUCAGCAGGUACUGGUAGGGUGGUUCCAGGGAAAGGUGAGCACCGCAGGGUUCCUUCUGGUGCCUCCAUGGAGAAAUUGGUUAGAAGGUGGAGCAGUGUUAGCGACAUGAGUAUUGAUCUAAGCAACAAUGACAGUGGCAACUUAAAUGACAGAAAGGAGAAUGGAACUCCAGUUGCGACUCCGACAUCUGCAGAUUUGGAAGCCAACUCAAAAGCAGGAGUAGACGAGGGUUCUAAUGAGCUGAAGGAUUCGGUCACAUCACAGUCUUGUCCAUGUCAAAAGGAUAAUGUAUCAAUGGAUUCGACCACUAAAAAUUUGUGCCCAGCCCCAAAUUUGAGCAAUACGCCUGCUCCUCAUAAUGAGAGUACAUAUAGUGCAGAAGAUGACAUGGUUAUAAACUCUAGCAUUGAGAGUGAGUCAUCCUUUGGGAAAGAACCAGGAUUCAUUCAAGGACACACAAGGAUGUCAAAUAAGGCUGAUUCAAACGUUUCCACUAGAAGCCGUUUAAAAACUUCUGCAAAGCCAGUUGAGGAAACCUUGAUGAAAGAUAAGGAUAUUUUAACUAGCCCAUCAUCAGAGGAGCAUUUCCGCAUGAUAGAUAAGGAAAUUGAAGGUGUUGCUCAUGAAGUACCAGCUUCAAGUGAGCAGAUUCCACAAAAUGAUAUUAGAGGUCCUCGCCUCCGUACAAAAGAUAUUCGCACUGAAGCAGAAGUGAUCGGAAGGAAAGAUCAACCAUCCCGAACAUUUGAAAAGAUAUCUGGUGGUGUUAAAUCAAAAGCCUCAUCUAAUUCCCGAGCUAAUGUUAGAGGCUCAUCUGGUAGGGAUGAGGUUACCUCUACAGAAACUGAGGUCCAUGAUGUCAGAGUGCAACGUAAUCGUCCAGCACGGAAGGCUGAGGAUGUAGGGAGAAAGGUUACUGCUGGUUCUGAUUCAGAUUGUUCUGGUCGCCAGGGAACAAAUUUGAGCAGGCAAUCAUCCAUUACUGAUCAAGAGCUUAAUAUGCAGGCUAGGAUAAGACCAGGAAAAGGGAACCAAGAUCGACAUGGUGAACUACAAAUGAAGGCCAAUGAGUUAGAGAAACUAUAUGCUGCACAUAAGCUAACAUCCUCUCGAAGAGUCAAGCCUACAGAUGUGCAGGUUGAUAGCACACCUAUGGUGAGUGAGGUAAAGCCUAUAGCGGCUCUUCCCGAUACAAUUUAUACGAAACAAGUUGUGAAGGAGAGUAUAACAACAAAUGAUUGUGAUGCCAACGAGCUUCUGAAGAUGGUGAACAAUCCAGGGUAUAACAUUAGCACACCACAAAAACUUGGCAUCCUCAGUUUAGAAGAAUCGAGAGGGAAGUUCUAUGAGCAGUACAUGCAGAAGAGGGAUGCAAAACUGAAGGAAGACUGGAAACUGCAGAGAGAGGAGAAGGAAGCAAUGUUAAAGGCAAUGCAUGAGAGCCUAGAACGGAGCAAGGCUGAGAUGAUAGCCAAAUUCUCUCGGUCUGCAGAUGUCCCUGACUCAACUUAUGUUUCUCAUUAUUCUCAGAAGAUUCCUCCUUUGCAAUCAGCUAGAAAAAAUAAGGAUCAGGGGGUAGACUCAUUCUUGGUUGAAGAGGAACUGAAUAGUGACUACCUAUCUGGUGACGGUUCUUCCAGGAGUGCUGAUUCCAGGAAGCAUUUUUCAAAUAAAGUUGCUUCCACCCAAAACCAAAAGACAUCUGUUGCUCCUAUCCAUAAGCGUUCGUCAAGGACUGUCAGCUCCAGUUAUGCAAACCGCAGGAAUCCACCAGAAAAUCCUCUUGCACAGUCUGUCCCCAACUUCUCUGACUUAAGAAAAGAAAAUACAAGGCCUUCACCUGGACUCAGAAGAGCAACCACCAGGGUUCAGCAAAAAUCAUUUGCCCGUAGCAAGAGCAUUAUUGAAGAGUCAAAGAGUAUCUUGAAAGAAGAUCAAUCAAGGAGGUCACAGUCUAUGAGGAAGAGCCAAAUUCCUGAUGAGCUAAAGGACAGUCCAUCAGUGAAUGAGGAUGUUUACAAUUGGGCUCCCUCAAGAAUUUCCAAUAAUGAAUCAGAGGGAGCUUUUGCUUACAGUACCCGUAGAACGGGUCCACCAAAGGCUUUUCUUAGGAAAGGCAAUGGGACUCACCCUGUUGUAGGUAUAGCUGGAUUUCAGGCUGCGGCAGCCAUGAUGGCGAAUGCCCUCCAGCACAAUGAGAGUAGUGGUGACUUUGAAGAUCAGCAAGAGGAUUCCCCUGAUGACGCCAAAGAAGAGGAAGAAUAUGAAAGCAUUGAAGAGAACCUUAGGGAAAGUGACUUUCCUGCUGAUUCUGACAGUGAGAACCCAAGAGUGAGUCAUGAAUUUGGAAAUUCAGAUGACCCAGGAUCAGAAAAUGGUGAUGUUCACUUUCCAAGUGAAGUAACUGGCCUUGGUGGUACUAAGUUCACUGCUUUUACAGGAAAUGUGCACAAUCCUACUGGUGAUCUUCCAGCACCCUGGAGCUCUCGCCUUCCGCAGCUAUUCCCUUAUGCAAAUGAUAAUUCGGAUGGUGAUGCUUUUGCUGAUUCUCCAUCUGGAAGUCCAUCACCAUGGAAUUCUCAUUCACUUGAUGAAAUAACAGAUGCUGAUGUUUCGCGGAUGCGGAAAAAGUGGGGCAGCGCACAGAUGCCUUUUGCCGGUGUCAAUGCAUCUCAACAGCCACGCAAAGAUGUUUCCAAAGGAUUGAAGAAACUGUGGAAAUUUGGAAGGAAGAAUAGAGGCGGUGAUGGCUUAGUAAAUGAUUGGGUAUCUGCUUCCACUGCCUCAGAAUGUGAUGAUGACAUGGAAGAUGGACGCGAUCUAGUAGUAGGAUCUUCUGAUGAUUUCAGAAAGUCUCGAAUGGGUUAUCUUGCUUCAUAUGAUGGUUUUGUGGAGAACGAGGUUUUUGCUGAACAAGAACAAUCACUACGCAGCUCCAUUCCAAACCCCCCUGCAAAUUUCAGACUGAGGGAGGAUCAACUCAGUGGAAGUUCUCUCAAAGCGCCACGUUCUUUCUUCUCCCUCUCAACAUUCCGAAGCAAGGGAGGUGAUGCCAGACUCAGGUGAUCCUCAAAAGGCACCAGGGUUGGAGUGUAUAAAAUAUCUUCCAGAAUUAGGUACGAGUAUCAAAUUUUCAUGGGUGGUACGCGAUGCUGCUAUCUUGUGAUUUAUAAAUAUAUAUAUAUAUAUAUAUAUUGUGUAUCUAUGGCAAUUCAUAUAAGCUGGCAGUUGAGCUUUGCAUUGUUGCUGUUUGAUUAUUCUUUUUUCUUAAUAUUCUUUUACCCCCUAUGUAGAGUUGGACUUCAAGAUCAUUUGCAAUCUUUUUUUUUUUUGAAACUGGCCCAGAACUACUGUAUUUUUUCAUUGUUUUGGUGAUAUAUCUGUAUCUCCCUCUCAACUUGUUUCUUCAUUCACAUAUAUCACAAGUUCACGAUAUAUGGUAAUUUUGCCAAUUAGAGAAUGGAAAUUGGGCUUCUACAAGGCACAUGCAGGUCACUUAUCGAGUGUGAUUGUUAUCUCUUAUCUGUUUCUAUUCGUACCUUUACUUGUUAGCAAACUUCAUUGAGUUUGUUCUCAAACUUCACCUUAUUUACCGGGUGACUAGUGACCAGACCACAUAACAUCUUUGAUGUACAUAUGUUCCUACUGAUUUGUGGAGAAUUUCAUGCAACUAGAGCUCAGGCUCAUGUACUUGAUUUUAUUGAUGACUUUAAAUACAAAUCAUAUACCCUGCUCC